GUCGCCGCCAAAAUAUCGGACGUGCAUGCGCGUGAGCAUCGUGGUUGCGCGGGCCGCGGCUUCAUUCGGCUUUCGGCGCUCAUAGCUGUCGUGUCGGCGUAGCUGAGAUCUCUGCGUGUGUCUUUCUCUCCCACGUACGAAAAAUCAAACGCAGUCCUCAGUCAGUGAAACAUGUCGGGACGCGGCAAAGGCGGCAAGACCAAGGGAAAGGCGAAGACCCGCAGCAGCAGGGCAGGGCUGCAGUUCCCCGUAGGGAGAAUCCAUCGUCUCCUGAGGAAAGGCAACUACGCAGAGCGCGUCGGCGCCGGAGCACCGGUCUACCUCGCCGCCGUGAUGGAAUAUUUGGCGGCCGAAGUGCUCGAGUUGGCCGGAAACGCCGCCAGGGAUAACAAAAAAACGAGGAUAAUUCCACGUCAUCUACAGUUGGCCAUCCGGAAUGACGAGGAGCUCAACAAACUAUUGUCUGGAGUGACUAUUGCUCAAGGGGGUGUCCUGCCUAAUAUCCAAGCUGUUCUUUUGCCGAAGAAAACUGGUACUGGUGGAUCUGGAAAAGGCGACAAAGCAUCCCAAGAAUAUUAGAAUAUUAUACAUUUAUAACAAACCGUACUUUAGGAAUGUCUUUGUUUCUUGAAACCAGAGAAUUGAAUAUUCCUAUAAAUCUGCGGCAGGGCCAGAUCUACAUAGUUGCGGAGGUUUUGAUGGAUAAAAAACAUAAUGAUCGAUAACAAACAAUAUCACAUUAUUUAAUUAUUCUUCAUUCUUAUUACGUUUUUUAUGUCGAGUCUUGAUAAGCAUGUUUUUUUCGCAUUGCUCAUUGACAACCUCCUGCAUGUGCACUGAUUUGUGUGACAUUAAGUUCAUUUUUAUGCCUUCCUGUAAAUUGUACCAAGUCCUAUACUAGACACUAUGAAAAGUAUAAAUUACUGCCUAAGUAAAAUACAUGUCAUAGUUAUCUUAGUUAACCAUGUUAGUGUUAAACUGUGCUAUUUCUAAAUUGCUAUAUUAAUUUAAGAGACUGUGUGAUUGUUAAAUGAACAUCUCCUACUAUAUUUAAAUAGAAUAUUUUAAGUAGUAUUGUUGCUACUAUUAAUAUAUUUCCUUUCUCUUUUCAUUUCUCACAUUUUUCUUUUCUUUUUGUUUAGUAUGCACUAUAUCAUUUUAGAAUGUUCACAAACUUUUAUUACAAAUAAAUCUUUACAAAUGUGUAACAAAAUAAUCUUAAACUUUUGUUGAAUGUAAACAAUGUUUAAUGUGAAAAUAAAUGGUAACACAUCCCUACUUGAACCUGA